GCCUUCACGCGCGCACACACACACACACACACACACAGACUCUCUUUCUCACACGCACACACACAAAAACAAAUCUGUAAAACAGAAGAACGGGAGGAUAAAAUGUCCGAUUUCUCGCGGGUUAUCCAUCAUGCUACGAGUAUCCUGUGCAGCCAUAAAGGCUCCAUGGACCUGUCUCAGCUCUACAGGAAGGUCUACCAGCGGUUCGAUAUUAGCGACGAGCAUUUCUGGUACAUACUGAAAAAAUGUCCGAGAUUUGCCAUGGUCCGGAACAAACUGAGUGCAGAAAAAGGCUUGACGGAUUAUAUCGUGGUGGCUAAAACAUCCCUGCGUCUGUGUAAAAGUUACGCCAAGCAGGACUGUUUCGGCUGCCAGGACCUGCAUCUCUGCAAAUAUUUCGUGUAUGGAAACUGCCGCUAUGGUAAAGGAAGGAAGGAGUGCAAGUUCUCCCAUAACAUUCAGUCUGAGCAUAACUUUCCCCUCCUUCGCGAGUGCACCCUUCACGAGCUUCAUGAGGAAGACCUCUUCCUCCUCCUGCUCCAGAACGACCCUGCGCUACUGCCCGAGGUUUGCUCCCACUACAAUAAAGGCUCGGGGAUGUUUGGGGCCUGCACCUUUAAGGAGAACUGCACUAAAGUGCACAUGUGCCAGCACUUUGUGCAGGACAACUGCAUCUUCGGCACCAAGUGCAAGCGGCUCCACUGCGUGGACGAGUACGGCCGCAGGAUGCUGGAGGAGCGCGGCCUGGGCAUCGACGUCAUCCAGGACUUGCCUUACCUCUACCAAAACGUUUACCGCCUGAGCGCCUAUACUGCUGACGCAGAGAGGAUUUCUGAGCCUGUAAGCAGAUCCCUAGAAAUACCAGAAGAGAAGAAUGAAAUUUGUCUCCACUUCAUCAGAAGAAACUGCAGAUUUCAGGAGCAAUGCAAACUGGUGCAUUUUAACCUGCCGUAUAAAUGGGAGGUGGAUGAGGGGAACGGAUGGAGGGAUCUGCAAGGGAUGGAGGAGAUUGAACAAGCCUUCUGCGACCCUAAGAACGCUUACGGUCCAGGCUCAAGGCCAGUGGAUUUCCAGACGAUGAGCAGGUCUGGGCAUCCGGUGCGCCGUCUCUCCACCGUCUCGUCCAUCACUAAGCCUUCACACUAUGUUCUGACCACACACUGGUUGUGGUACUACAAGGGAGACCACGAUAACUGGAUCGAGUACGGCAGGCCGGACGAUAAGCACCGGGUGACCUCUGUAAAGUCCUGUGAUCUGGAGGAAGCAUUUCUGAGGGACAGCAAAGCCAAAAUCACAGUUAAAAAGGGCAACAGACAGUACUAUAUCAGUUUCGAAGAUAUGUACCAGAGGAACCCCAAACACAACACCAAGAGGAAAGUACGCCGGCGGCCCUGCUUCGUUUCUAUCAGCGAGGUGGAAAACCAAAUAGCGUAGUGAUCACACACACACACACGUGUGUAUACCCACUGUUAUGCUUCUGUACAGCACUGAUUGACGGUCCAUGGUGCAUCCUUAUACUCGGAGUUCAUUCUCAAUGCACACAGUGUGUAAUGUUCAUAUAAUAAUGAAGACUUUAUCAUGAGCCAUGAGGGAAAACUUAAUGAAGAGUGAAUAUCAUGUUAGCGCUGUUUACGUUCAUCCAAAGUGUGCCAAAGUACUACACUGGCAAAUAAUGCAGUAUGUUAGUAUUUACAAUAUGUUACCUUUUUUUAAAGAUAGAAACAAAGAUUUAUCAGUGGAAAAGUGAGUCAAUGCUGAGAGUCACUGUGUUACUGAUGAUCAUGAAUAGUUCCAUUGAUCAGGAUGUAGACUCUAAAGGACGCCGAGUGGAGCAACGGAGAAGCACAAGAGCCGAAGGAGCUGUUUGAGAGGGAGGGAUGGCAAAUUCUUCUUCCCUGUCAAUCACGGAGACACUAGCCAGUUGUGGCUAGCAGUGAACAUCAUGAUGUAUGAGGAAGACUUAACUCUGAUUCAGCAUGAGCUGCAGUGAAACGGUCAGGAUUCAUUCUGGCUGGCUUCACGUGUCUCAGAGGAAGCAUUUCUAGUCUUCACCCUUCAAGACUGGUAGCCGGACGGACGGACAGACAGAUGAGAAUUGGCAGACGAUUCGCCCGAGAGAGAAAAUCAUGCAUUAGGAUUAUUUUCAAUGGUUUUUUUUUUUUUUUUGGUGAAGCGAAUGCAGAGUGAAAUACAGUUACGUAGCUGAAAUAGUUUCUGCUUUUAUUUGUAACAGUGUGUAGGGUAGGUUUUUCUGGAACAUCAUUUCAUUUUCUUUAGUCUGUUACCAUCAACAAUAAACUAACUGUUC